CCCACGAUAACUUGUUGCUUCUUCUUCUUCUUCUUCUUCUUUCAUUCCUUGACACAGCCAUGCUUGAUCACCGGCGAGAACCAGCCAGGAACCAUGUCUCUUCAUUCCCUGCAGUCAACAAAAGUCAGGCCAGUGCAGGAGAUCCAGAAUUUGACUUCUGGGCUGCACGUGAAACCCGGUGUUAUGGAAGUUCAAUCAGGGACUCCAACGGCGGUGAUACAGGGUUUCAAGUCCAUACACAUGGUGGAGAAGGCUUUGGCAGUUACUCCCCGUCCUUGUGGAAAACAAGUAAGUCAAGAAAUACAAUGCAGGAAUCCUCUCCCUUGCUUCCUAGCAACCAUCAAUACAGUAAUCUUUCAACUUCUAUGCGAAUGAAGGCAAUUGAAGAAGGUAGGAAGGAACUCAUGGAGAUGAUUCACAACAUGCCCGAGUCUACUUAUGAACUCUCCUUGAAAGAUAUUGUUGACGAGGAGCAUAUAGCAGAGGAAGUUGAAGACGAACUUAUCCUUGAGGAUAGAAAUUCCCUUUCAGAAACAGAAGUUCAGAUCAGUAAGCAGAAGAAGAAUAAGAAGAAGAGCAUCAAAUCAGGAAAAAUUUCAAGGAGUUCAAGCAUGGAUAAUGAAGCUUUCUUACUCAAGAUUUUUUUUCCAAGCACUCGUGGUUCAAAAAGGCAAGUACAUACCAGAAAGUGUUCAAAGAUUUCUCCAAAGCCAUCUGGUGUUGGAUCAGAGAACCGCAUAUACAAGGGAUGGUCAAUAAAAAGAAUUCUGGUUACAAGAGAGGGAAAAAAUAGUGAAGAAAAUAGCAGCAGCGGAAGCUCUAGUAGCAGCCAAAGCAGCACAGAUAUAGUCAGACAUGGAGAUGGUGAUUCCUUAACUGGUUGCUUGCCGUUCUUCUUCUCCAAGAUAGGCAAAAACAAGAACCAGAGAGCGCAUCUUUUGAAUGAGGAUGCAAUAUAGACUUGAAUCAAUGUUGUCAACCAAAGACAACAAAAGAUGCAACGAGGAAGCAUUUGGCUAAAUAGAAGAAGAAUUAAAUAACCUGAACAGAUUUCUCAGUCCUGUGGCUAUGCUCUUGAGAAAUCAGUGAAGUGCUACUUGGUGGAACUUAAUUGUUGAGAGCCAAAAAGAUGCUCUUGAGAAAUCAGUGAAGUGCUACUUGGUGGCACUUGAGAGUUGAGAGCCAAAAAGAUUGAUAUUGUUUCCUAUUCUUGUACCUUCAUAUCUUAACAAAGGUUGUUUAUAUAUUUCUUAGUUGAGAAACCCUUUAUUGUUGAUUGAAAA